AUGCUUGCAAAGCUUUUUGGUAGAGAUUCCGCGAAGAGUAUGUCCUCCGCCAUUGGAGUCAGCGGCACUAGCCAGCAGCAGGCCCUCCCACAAGCUACGGGGACAGAUCCCAAUAACGUUAUCAUGCAUAGCCCUCCCCUACAACCUCAGUGUGAUGAGCCAUUAGGCGUUGGCGAAGAUAUGGGUGAACUUGUCAACUUGGCCAAGCGUUUCCACGUUUCCAUCAGUAUUCCACGUUACCGCAUUAAUGGUAGCUAUGUUGAGUACGUCAUUGAGUGCACUCAGGGCCAAAAGUUUUGGCAGGUCUAUCGGCGCUAUCAUCAAUUCAAGGUAUUGGAUCAGUCCCUUAGGCAGCUUUGCACCCGAGGAACUCCUAAUCACGGAGACUUUGGUGUCCUUCCGGUACUUCCAGGAAGCCAUUGGAUGGAAGUAACUAAUCAAUCUACUCAGCUUGUGGAGAAGCGUCGGCGGUAUUUAGAAAUCUACCUGCAGCAGCUCUUAGUGUUGGGUAAUUUGUUUUAUGUGGCCCGUACCCCGCUCUAUGCCUUUCUUCACGAGGGCGAGGUCGCUAUGGAGUUUAGGAUGCAUGCUAUUCAGCCUCUGAUAGGCUUUAGCGCUGAUGCUGUGGAGGUAGAAAGUGAACUGGGCGUGCACACGGAUACUGAGGAUUCGCAUAAAAAGUGGUGUGAAGCGACUAGUGUGCAGGUGGAGAAUCCCACAUGUACGCACCCCCAUGAUUUUCACUAUCUCUCGCAGCAGCAAGCAGGGGAGCCCUCUUCGAAUAAUGUACCACCUGAUGAGACCAAGGCGAAGCUCCCCACCACACCGAUUCUCAAACUUUCACGACCAUUACCCUCUACCCCUGGAUUGGGUCCGAUUACACAACCAUCCCAAGUCAAUAUUGAGCACAGUAAGUCACAUGUUAACCAAGAAUUGCAACAACACCAAGCCGAGAAAUCAUUUCUUGCGGACGAUAACGCUACGUCUCGGUCUCUUUCAAGUUUAAGCCAGUGGCAUGCCUCCAAAGAUAAAUCUGAGAUGGAUUCACAACGUCCGUGGUUGCCAUCUUCUAUGCCACGAAAUACGUCAGGGACGUGCACCUUAUUGAUUUCCGACAACAGCAAGGACACACCGAGACCCUUGAACUCAGCCCCCGCGCCGCUAUGCUCGGACGUAGUGCCAUCGAACGUGAUGCGAACCGCUUCAUCUUAUGAUAUUUUUGAGUGGGGUGAUGAAGAUGCUCUUUCUGAAAGCGCUGAGGCUGCUUCUUUUUCGCCCUCUGCCUACACAAACAGUGGCCAGGACACCAGGCUAGGAAGUGGGGAAAAUGAACAACAGUUGAAUUCCCUUCCGAACUGUCUCUCGUGUCAUCGAAAAUUUUCCUCGGAGCUCUAUCCACACCGGUGCUUCUUCUGUCGUAACCACUUAUGCUUUCACUGCUUAUGGCGGAUUCGCUUGAGCCCCUCCCAACCGCUGUGUUCUCCUCCUACCAAUACCGAGCCUAAUAAAUAUGCCUCCGAUGAGACCGAAAACCACACCGUCAAGGCUGAGGGGAAGAGGAUCCUCUUAAAUGCUUGUUUGCAGUGUGCUGAGAAUUACAAGCGACGACUAUCGUGUAAUUGCCGUGCCAAGGACACUGACACUGCGCAUGCAGUCCCUGUGAUACCGGCCGCUGCGGCGUCACCCCCAGUGACGGACACCAGCCACAAGAAGGAUUCAAAACCACCUAUCGAUGCUGGGACGUCAACCCCUGGUACACAAAAGAAGCUCCCGACGCGGAUGGAGCUACAGGACUUUCAGCUCAUCACGCUUCUUGGGCAUGGCGCGUUUGGCAGGGUCAUCAAAGUACGGCUUCUCUCCACUGGUGCAAUUUAUGCAAUGAAGGUGCUGAACAAGUCUUUAGUCCAUCAGCGCUCGAUGGAUUCUUAUAUCAAAGAGGAGAGGUCCAUUCUCAUGAUGUUACCGACACAUCCGUACAUCGUUAAUUGUCACUAUGCUUUCCAAACGGACUAUUACAUAAUUUUUAUCUUGGAUUUCCUUCCUGGCGGUGAGUUGUACGACAUCAUGUAUCACCGUUGUCAUCUGACGCAGCCAGCUGUGCAACUGUAUAUGGCGGAGCUUGUGCUGGCAAUCGAGCACAUCCACCGACACGACGUAGCCCAUCGUGACAUUAAACCCGAAAAUAUCCUGCUCGAUGCGGAGGGACAUCUGCGGCUCAAUGACUUUGGUCUUGCGCACGGAAACUUCUCUAAGUAUGCUCGACGAAGCUUCGUGGGCAGCGCAGAGUACGUCGCACCUGAGCUGGUCCGGUGCGAGAAACAAACACUUGCACUGGAUUGGUGGAGUCUUGGGGUGCUGCUUUACGAGAUGCUUCACGGUUGUACUCCUUUCCGUGCCAAGAACAACAACGAAGUAUACGAAAAUAUCCUCAACAAAGAACUUGAUCUAUCGGAUCAGCGUAUCUUUACACCGGAGGCUGCAUCAUUAAUUCAAAACUUAUUAACUCGAGAUUUCAAAACGCGCUUGCAGCACGCUGCAUCGAUCAAGACGCAUCCUUAUUUUUCUGGCAUCAACUGGGAUGCUCUACUACGCCGCGAAGUGCCUGCUCCGUUUGUACCUCAGCUCCAGGACAACGACACUCGCUAUUUCAAACGGGAUUUUACUGCUGAGUGGGCGGUGACUCCAGAUCCGGCUAACCCGUCACGCAGCUCAAUUGCGAUUCUGAGGCAGCGUUUCGAUAGCUUCCCAUACGUUCAGGAUAGCGCCAGCAGGUGUAGUUCCAAUCCGCAUAGCGGCUCCAAUACUUCACCAGAGACAUUUCCUCUUGCAGGUAUCCCGUUUGGACUGCUGGGCCGGAAUCCCACUGUCUUUUCUACAAACACAUCAGAAGAGACCAGGCUGGAUUUCUUCCGAGAGCAGCUGGUGGGGAUAUGGCGUGCUGUCAAGGUUGAAACCCGGGAUUUGAAUGGGCGAAUUAUUUACCCAUGGGGUGGCGAUGUUGUGGGCUACUUGAUUUACACGCCCACUCAACAUUUUUCCUUGCAACUCGCACCACGGUUACGGAGGUGCCUGCGUUACCCUCACCACCCACGCGAGGCCCCCUAUGAGGAGCUUUGUGAUGUCUACUGUUCCUAUGUUUCCCAGUUUGGUCGCUACGAGGUUGACAAUGCGAAGCCCUGCCAUGAGUGUCUAUACCACCACAUCGAGGGCAGCUUAUGCCCUAACCUGGCAGGGCGCUCGGUUGUGAUGGGGAUGAGUUUUGGUACCUCAUCGCCACCGGAUGCCCUCGGGACGAACAAAGCGUCAAGUCAAGAAUUCAUUCAGCCAACCUAUGCAUUACCGGCACGGAUGGCAGACGACACAAGGCACCACAGUAGCGAAGAGGCCAAGGCGUCAGCUGGACGCUUGCUUCUUUCACUAAGUACCAUGCUGCAUUACGUGCCCGGCAAGCCAUUUAAGGCACAAACAAUUCUUACAUGGGAAAAGAUUGACCUAGCUUAA